CAAAAACGGCUCGGUUUCGUCAGAACGUUCUGCUUUUCCUCUCGUUCAUGACGCCAUGCCACCUCUUCAACGAGGAGCAUUGCCACCAGUGGUGGGCUUUAUCGACAUGGAUUGUUUCUAUGUUGCGGUCGAGCGAGCGCGCGACCCCCGCCUUCUGGGGAAGCCUUGCGCGGUGGUGCAGUACCCCACGGGGCAACGGGGACGUCCCGAUCUGCGGCCCGAAGACGACCGGUGGAGAACCGGAGGUCCCAUGGGAGGCAUCAUUGCGGUCUCCUACGAGGCGAGAGCGCGAGGUGUCACCCGGCAGAUGUCGGGCGCAGAGGCCAAGAAGGUGUGUCCUGAGGUCAUCUUGGUCCAAGUUCCCACAGCCUUUGGCAAGGCAGACUUGCAGAUCUACAAGGACGCGGGCGACGCCGUGGUCGACCUCUUGGCCUCCCGCUGCGACGCCACGGAGAAGCGCUCGGUGGACGAGGUGGCCAUCGACAUCACCGGCGCGGCCGAGCAUCUGCUGGCCUCGCGCGCCGCGGCCGAGCUCGGCGCCGCCGCGUCGGCGGCGACGCACCUGGCAGACUCGGCGCUGAGCGUCGACGCGGCGAAGGUGACCCGAAGCUCGGCCCGGCAGGGGCAUGACAAGCAGCAGAGCAGGGACACCUCCGAGCUUGCUGAUGGAUGGGAGGAGGUCUUGCGACGAGCUGCCUCCGAUCCUGUGGCCUGGCGCCUCAUCGCCGGCGCGGUGGUGGUGAAGGAGCUCCGGCAGCAGGUGGAGUCCACCUUGGGCUUCACAUGCUCUGGAGGCGUAGCAACGAACAAGGUCCUGGCGAAGCUGGGCUGUGGACUGCACAAACCCAACCAACAGACCCUUUUGCUGCCACAUGCCGCCCCCGUGUUGUUGAAGGAUCUGCCGCUGGAUCGCCUUCCUGGUCUGGGCGGUGACUUUGGUCAAGCCGUCAAAAGCCGCCACUUUGCAGACUUUGCAGCUUGCUGGGUGGUCGGGUUGGGCAGCGGCAGCUUGGUGGGAAGGAACCACAGAUAUGAAAGGUUCCUAGAAUCUGUUGAAACAUGUUGAAACCUCAUGUUGUCUUCUCAUGUUGAUCUCAUGUUGUGUCCUAAAGACUCCAUGGGACUGGAAGAUAUGCCGCCUGAGAAAGACCCCUGAUGGCCACUGAUCCGUUGCCAGUGCUAUUGGUGGUAUAGCCUUGGUGAAGUUUGCUCCAGCCUUCCAUGUUCAACAGCGAGUACUUCUGCAAGAACGGAGACCUCUCCAAAGCUGUUGAGUCCGCAGGUCAGACACUGGCGGUUUCACCGUUCUAGCCCCUAUCACCUUGAUUUGAAGCCUUGAGUGGGGUGGAAACCAGCGAGCCAAGCCAAGCCCGUCAAGGGCGAACGAGGCGAGCCAAGCACUCCAAGUCUUUCCAACCAGUUCCCAACGCUUUCAAUAUGGCCUACAGCAAAAUAAAAGUGUGUCAGAACAAAUAGGAAGACCUCUCAGCUGGACCUGGAAGACAAAACAUCUAGUCUGACUACCCAAACCGGGCCAAUCCGGUUGCGGGUCCCCCUAUAUCAAAACUACAGACCCAUAUGGCCGUAUACAGCUUGUCACAUCGCGUCCUGAGACGAGUCGCCUGGGAAAAUCGACCCGACCCUUCGCUGAGGGAGACAACGGAUGCACAGCAGGGCGAGCGGUCCUAGCGGUCCCAACGGUUGGCUUCCGUCAAAGUCUUCGGGACACCCGACUCAACAUGACUCAACAAGAAGAAGCGGACAGAUCGAUUGUUUAUGUGUAUUUUUACUGAGGGGUCAGUCUAUGCUGAUAUGCUCCUCGAUAUUUUUAGGAGCCAUACGUACCAAAGAGUCUUGGCUUUUAAAGUGGAGAAUGAUCUAGAUCCAUCUGUGGGUUUGCCAAGAGGAUUGGAUUGAGUACC